GGCUGCUCCGCCCAAUCACCCGCUUUUAAAGGGCCACAACCCGGAAACGACUGAGUUGAAAAGGCAGGUGAAUUUUACAGUCUUAGCAAGUCGGUGGAGGUGGACUCGACGGCCGUUCAACCUGGCAGUCCCUUCAGUUGGAAGAAUGGCCCGUGUCUUCGUCUACGGGACACUAAAGAAAGGCCAGCCAAACUACCCCCACAUGAUAAAUGGGGUUCAUGGGACAUCCCAAUUCCAGGGCAGAGGACUUACAGUGGAGAAAUAUCCACUGGUGAUUGCAGGCAAAUACAAUAUCCCUUAUUUGCUGAAUAAUCCAGGAAAGGGGCACCGUGUUUCUGGAGAAAUAUAUUCCGUUGAUGAUCAGAUGUUGCAAUUCCUUGAUGAAUUUGAAGGAUGCCCAACCAUGUAUCAGCGUACUCCAAUGAGAGUUGAGGUACUCGAGUGGGAAAAUAAAAAUAGCACAUCUAAAGAACUAUCGGCAAUUAACAACAUCCUGGAAUGUGAUGUGUACAGCACUACAACUUACCAACCUGAAUGGAUGCAUCUCCCUUACCAUGAUGACUAUGAUUCUUUUGGGAAGCAUAAUCUUUUGUACGUCUUGAGAGAAAGCAGAGAAUAGAAGUAGAAAAAUCAAACAAUACUUUUAGCUAUGAACACCUACCCAGGUGCAGAAGAACAUCUUUACUAUUUUAUGCUGAAAUGCAGUCCUAAUUUACCUCUUCAGAACAUAAUUGAAUUAAUUUAUAUUAUUAAGUGAACGUCCAACUGAACAAGAUGAUGAAAGAAUGAUCCGAACGCAAGUACUCAUUUGUUCUUGCUAAGGUUAAACAGGGUAAUUUAAAUAUUUCAGUUAUGUUAGACUACCAUCAAUAUUCAAAUAGUCAUAUCUCUUCCCAAAAUGUGGAAUGAAUGAAUGGGGGGAGGACAUGAAUGGAAGA